AUGGUCGCAACAGCGAAAAAGUUCACCCCAGAGGUGAUGCUACAAGCUCCACGACGAGGACCAGCAACGCCUUCCCCGGACGGCAAGCUUGCUAUAUUCUCACAGAGCACAUAUUCAUUCGACAGCCACUCAAAGGUGAAUGAGAUUGGCGUACUAGACAUCACCAAUGGUCAAACUCUGAUCAUCAGCAAAGACAGCAAGGCCAGCGAGUCAACAUGGCUUGGGAGCGGAUAUGAGGUUGUGUGGCUGAAGGAGCUCGAGAAUGGCAACACCUCUUUCAUCAUCGCGGAUGCCAGUCAGCCCGGGAAGUCUUACACAGCGGGCACAGUGCCGGGUCCCGUAAGCAACUUGAAGGUGUAUACAAUCAAGCCUGGCAUGGUCGCUAUUGCCGUCGCUGGCCAAGCCAAUCCGGAUGGCACGCUGUACAGCCCAAAGGACGAACAGAAGCCCCAUUCCUCUGCUCGAAUCUACGACUCUCUCUUCGUUCGCCAUUGGGACCGCUAUGUCACCAAUCAGCGCUCGACGAUCUUCACUGGUGUGCUGCAGAAGUCGUCCCCGAAGGUAACCUCAAGGCCCGGACGAUAUCAUCUCAUGGGCUUUCAAAAUGCUCUGGCAGGUAGCAAGCUGGAGAGCCCAAUCCCACCUUUCGGCGGCGCAGACCAUUUCGAUGUCGGCAGCCAGGGUAUUUGCUUUGUGGCAAAGGACCCAGAUGUUGAUCCUGCUAUCCAUACGAAGUGUAAUUUAUACUUCAUCAACAAGGAAGACUUCAUGGAGUUGGGCUCGCCGGAACCAAUAAAGCUUGGCGAGCUUCGCGGCUUCGAUGGCGCUGCUACCUCUCCUGUGUUUUCGCCUGAUGGGAAUCAUAUUGCCUUCCUGAAGAUGAAGACAGACGGCUACGAGUCCGACAAGAACCAUAUCGUCUUGAUACAUAACUUUGCCGGCCUCGCCACUGCCUCGGAACCACUGGCAUCAGGCGACGGGAAUGGCUCAUGGGACCGGUCACCACGCAGUAUCGCUUGGGCUAAUGACGGCAAAGCACUGAUCCUGGAAACAGAAGAUGUUGGAUGUGGCUGCCUUUUCAGGCUUGACCUCACGCCCCCACCAGGCCCAGGCUGGAAGCCCACGAAGCUCACCUCUGGCGGCAACGUUGUUGCUGCGGCUCCCGCCUCGUCCGACUCGCGCUUGCUGUUUAUCUCAAGCAAUAGCCUGGUUGACAGCAGCACUUACACCAUCAUUGAUCCCGUCGACCCAGUAAAUGCCCGUGUGGUCUCUUCGCUGACCGGCGAUGGGUCAAUGUUCGGUCUGUCGCCAGCGCAAGUCUCCAGUCUCUGGUGGAAGGGCGCAAAUGACCAUUCGGUCCAUGCUUGGAUGGUCAAGCCGUCCUUCUACAAAGCAGGCGAGAAGUAUCCUCUUGCCUACUUGAUUCAUGGUGGGCCACAAGGCGCUUGGAAUGAUUCGUGGUCGACACGAUGGAACCCAUGCAUUUUUGCGGAACAAGGCUAUAUCGUGAUCGCGCCCAACCCAACGGGCUCGACAGGCUACGGGCAAGGAUUCACCGACGCAUCCGGACUCAGUGGGGAGGUCUUCCACACGUCUCGCGCUGUGGCGCUAGGUGCCAGUUACGGCGGAUACAUGAUGAACUGGAUCCAAGGACACGAUCUAGCGAAGAAGUUCAAAGCGCUUGUUUGCCAUGAUGGAGUCUUCAGUCUUACCGCUCAACUUUCGACUGACGAAUUAUAUUUCCCGGUCCAUGACCUCGGCGGUCCGUUAUGGAAGAAACAAGAUACUUGGGAACAGUGGGAUCCGAGUCGUUUCAUUGGCAACUGGAACACGCCAAUGUUGGUCAUCCACUCGGAGCUCGACUACAGACUCACCAUGGCGGAGGGCUUGGCCGCUUUCAAUGUGCUGCAGAUGCGAGGCGUCGAGUCUCGUUUCCUCUCGUUUCCGGAUGAGAAUCAUUGGGUGCUGAAGCCUGAGAACUCUCGAGUCUGGCACCACCAGGUCAUCAAUUGGAUCAAUCACUACGUUGGCCUGCCCAAGCUGCUGGACAAGGAAGGAAAGGACGACUCUGAGUAUGUCAAGCAAGCCCGCCGUGCUUAUCCAACAGCAGUGCCGGCGCUUGGUCUUGAUUGA